AUGGCUUCUCUGCAAGCCCACCGUAGCGACCUCGAUACCGACGACGGCCAGCCCGAGUCGUCAUCACGAGCUUCGCUCUCCUCCGCAUCCACAACCAGCCUUGUAUUCGAUCGCCUGCAACAAGAGACGGAGAAGAAGCCCGCCGACCGCAAGACGAGCUACCGCGAUGCCGACAACAAGUACAGCCCUUUCCGCGACGAGGAUGACGACGAGGGCAAUGACCUAGAGAGCGGUCCCUUUCUGCCUCAGUCUGGCGCCGGCGCUGGUGCUGCCCUUGGCAAACAGACUCCGAUGGACCGCAGCCUGAAGCGCGUGCUCCUCAUCACCUUUGCUGUCCUCGUCGCCUUCUGGGGACUUGGCCUGGCUUUGUUUCUCUUCACCGGUGGCCACAAGCAUGCAAGCGACAGCGAGCAUGAUCCUGACGCCGGCUCACGAGGCUCCGGCAAACUCGUCACCCUGACCCAAGUUCAGUCCGGGUUUUGGUCCCCGAAUUACCAGUCCAUUAGCUGGAUUGCCAGCCCAGACGGUCAGGAUGGCCUGCUGCUUGAGCAAGGCACCAGCGAUCUUGGCCACUUGGUUGUGGAAGAUAUCCGCAACAGCCAAGAUACGCCCGAUGCUGCCGCCGAUGCUGUAAGCGCCAAAGUCCUUAUGAAGGAGUCUUCCUUCAAGCAUGGUGGCAAGCAGUAUUAUCCCACGACGCUCAUCCCCAGCGCGGAUCUCAAGAGUGUCCUCAUCGCCGUCUACAAGGAGAAGAACUGGCGACACUCAUUCACUGCCAUAUACUAUGUGCUGGAUGUCGAAACGCAGGCUAUCGAGCCAUUGAUUCCUUGGGAGGACGACGUUCGCGUUCAGCUUGCCACCUGGAGCCCCCAAAGCGACGCAAUUGCCUUUACCCGUGACAACAACAUGUAUAUUCGUCACAUCAAAGGCAGCAAGCAGAUUAUUCAAAUCACCAAAGAUGGCGGUCCCGAAUACUUUUACGGUAUCCCUGAUUGGGUAUAUGAAGAGGAGGUCUUUAGCGGCAACAGCGCCACCUGGUGGUCUGCCGACGGCAAAUAUCUUGCCUUUCUGCGCACCAACGAGACUGGUGUGCCCGAAUACCCCAUACAGUACUUCAAGUCACGGCCCAGUGGCAAGGAGCCCAUCGAAGGUGAAGAGUCCUACCCAGACGUCGUCAACAUCAAGUACCCCAAAGCCGGCUCGCACAACCCAGUUGUCGACUUGCUCUUGUUUGAUGUGGACGCUGGUGAAGUUUUUUCUGCCGAGACCAAGGACGAGUUCCCUGCUGAUGACCGCAUCAUCAACAACGUCCUCUGGGCUGGCGACAAGCUCCUUGUCAAGGAGACGAACCGUGUCAGCGAUUUCCUCAAGGUCCUUCUCAUCGACGUCGCCGACCGCAAGGGCAGCGUGGUAAACUCGGUCAAUGUCAAAGACAUUGACGGCGGCUGGUUUGAAAUUUCGCACACCAUGACCUAUGUUCCCGCCGACUGGUCCAAAGGCCGUAGAUACGACGGAUACGUUGACGGCAUCAUCCACGAGGGCUACGAGCAUAUUGGCUACUUUACGCCCCUCAACAACAGCGAGCCGGUUGUCCUCACCUCGGGCGAUUGGGAAGUCGAAGACGCACCAUCCGCGGUUGACUUGGAAAAUAACCUGGUGUACUUUGUCGCGGCCAAGGAAUCCUCCAUCCAGCGCCACGUCUACUCUGUCAAGCUCGACGGGUCGGAGCUGAAGCCCUUUACUGACAUUUCCGAGGAUGCCUACUACAGUGUAAGCUUCUCGUCCGGCGCCGGCUACGCGCUACUCUCCAACCGCGGACCCAAGGUGCCCACGCAAAAGAUUGUCGCCACGCCCUCCAACACGGCCUCGUACAGCCGCGUCCUCGAGGACAAUGCCGAGCUGGCCGACCGCGCUCGCAAGUACGCGCUGCCACUGCUCAAGUACGGCACCAUCAAUCUCACCGACGACGUUUCGCUCAACUACAUCGAGCGCCGCCCGCCGCAUUUUAACCCCAAGAAAAAGUACCCGGUGCUCUUCCAGCACUACUCAGGCCCCAACUCGCAGACCGUCACCAAGCGCUUCGCCGUCGACUUUCAGUCCUACGUCGCCGCGAACCUCGGUUACGUCGUCGUGACCGUGGACCCGCGCGGUACCGGCUUCAAGGGCCGCGCGCACCGCGUCCUCGUCCGCAACCAGCUCGGGGUCGUCGAGGCCCAGGAUCACAUCGCCGCCGCGCAGCACUUUGCCGCGCGCGACUACGUCGACGCCUCGCGCCUCGCCAUCUGGGGCUGGUCCUACGGCGGCUUCCAGACGCUCAAGACACUCGAGGCCGAUGCCGGCCGCACCUUUGCCUACGGCAUGGCCGUCGCCCCCGUCACCGACUGGCGCUUCUAUGACUCCAUCUACACGGAGCGCUACAUGAGCACCCCGCAGCAGAACCCCGACGGCUACGCCCGCUCCCGCGUCGGCGCCAACGCCACCGCGCUCGGCCAGUGCACGCGCUUCCUCCUCAUGCACGGCUCAGCCGACGACAAUGUCCACUUUCAAAACUCCCUAACCCUCCUCGACGACCUCGACAUGGCGGGCGUUGAGAAUUACGACGUGCACGUCUUCCCGGACAGCGACCACGGGAUAUCCUUUCACAAUGGCAACAAGAUUGUCUAUGAUAAACUGAAUAAUUGGCUCAUCAAUGCCUUUAACGGAGAAUGGCUCAAGGUUGCCAACCCCAAGCCUAACCCCAUCAAGCGCGCUCUACAAAGGUUAUUGGAUUGA